AUGACAGCAGCAGGUAGUGCCAAUGGUUUUGGCACCACAGCUUGGUGGGGAUUUUCUCCAGCGCUUGACCUGCAAGCCACAUGUCUGGAGUCCUCUAUGGAACAUCUGCAGCCAUCCCAGGAUGGUAUUCCUGAACUGAACAUCCUGCUUGUGGGAUCUAUAGAUGGACGUCAUAUCUUCAAAACAAUGAGUCGACUGUGCCGAUGGCCACGGAGAAAAAUCAAUUUCUAUGUGCUAGAGAACAAUCUGGAAACUAUAGGUCGGCAACUGCUGUUUUUAAGUCUAGCUCUGGAGCCUUCAGCAAAAAUGGGACUUCAAGAGAAGAGUGAAACAUUUUUGGAGCUCAUGGGGAAUACCCUUCUCCGAAGCCAGACUGCUUCCUAUUUGCAGGAGAAGGCAAGCCUCUUCAUACAAUGUGUCACAGACUCUGAUUUCCAAGUAACCCAUCUGCCCAGUGUGGACUUGUCUCGACUCAAGUUCAAGGAGAGAGAUCAGUUGGAGUCUAUAUUCCGGUUCUGGAGAAACCCCGACCCACAGGCUUUCCAAAUCAAGCAGCUCUGGGACUUGAGAGUCCGGCAGUAUCUGGGCAGCCGCUAUGAUGCUCACCGUGGGGUGUGUGACUGGGAUCUUACUAUGAAGCUUCACGAACAUGGGGCCAAUAUGAUAAACAUCCGUGAGUUUUUCCACUGGCGUGACACAGGCAUAGCCUUUGAAAUGCGAGAAGGUGCCUAUGACAUCCCCAACAAGACAUUGGCAUCUGGUCGCCUUCUUAGACAUAAAGGGGAGCCUCUUCCAGCACGGGGAUACUGGGGAGACAUAGCCACUGGCCCCUACAUCACCUUUGGAAUUGAAUCUGAAGAUCCCAGUCUGCUGAAGACAACCAAUGGCAUCCCCAGUAAAAGUUCCCAAGAUAUAUCAUUGCACAAUAUCACUGACUUGUUGUCAGAACUCCAGAACAAUGAUCACUAUGACCCAUUGGCACCUUCUAAUGAGGAUGGCAGUGGUGACUAUACCAGGUUGGAUACUUCCAAUGGGCCUUUCACCACAGAAGAUAUCCGAGUCUGCUUCCUGCCUCUCAACUGUCUCUCUGAGCUCCAUCACAAAGACAAAUAUCAACAACUCUUCAACCUCAUCUUCUUCUCUUGCAGCAUGGUGCACUUCCUUCAACCAAAUUUGAAUCUGAUGUCAGCCACAAAAGCCACUCUCAUUGUGGAGUUGACAAACUUCUUGCCUGACCUCCGCAAGGAACAGCUGUUGGAGUUCUCUUCCCGAGUAACCAACCUGGCAAGAGAGGCAGGAUUUGUGCCAGUCCAAACAACAGACAAAAACAUAUUUUCCUUGUUCCAACUUGGGGUUCAGGAGGCUGGAGAAAUCCAUAGCAAUACCUCCACCUGAGAUUAUCGCCUCUAGUCCCCGAGUUCAUUCCUUCUCUUCUUUUUCACCAUAAUUGUUAAAUAAUAAAUGCC